AGAGCGAGGAGCGCUCCUGAAGGGAGACGUCGGGCUCAUCCCCGAGGUCCGGGCCGCGGUCCCAGCUGGCCGGCGCAGUUGCCCGGCGUCCGGCUGCCUCGGCUCCGUGGCCUGGGAGGCCGUUGCGCAAGGCAGCCGCCGGAGGCUCGGGGAGUGAUGCACCGGGCGUUGCCUCCGGCCCGCCGCCACCGCCGCCACCAGAAGUCCCAGAGGAGCUGAGGGAGGCGACGCCGAAGCGCUGGCCCGGAGUGGCCACGGCUGCAGCCCCGGCGGCGGGCUAGUGAGCUCGUCCGGCUUCUGGGCCAACCCCGCUCCGCCGCCUCCGCGGCCGGGCCUCGCUCGCAGGUCCCAGAUGACCACCGAGGGCGGGCCGCCGCCGCCCCCGCCGCGCCCGCCGCCGGCCCCGCUCCGCCGCGCGUGCAGCCCGGCCCCCGGCGCGCUCCAGGCCGCCUUGAUGAGCCCGCUGCCCGCAGCUGCCACCACCGCACUGGAGACCACCUCGUCGUCGUCGUCGUCCUCCUCCUCCUCCGCUUCCUUCGCCUCGUCCUCGUCCUCCUCCAACUCGGCCAGCGCCCCUUCGGCCGCCUGCAAGAACCCGGGUAGUAGCGGCGGCGGCGCGGGGAGCGGGGGCACCAAGAAGGCGAGCUCGGGGCUGCGGCGGCCGGAGAAGCCGCCCUACUCGUACAUCGCGCUCAUCGUCAUGGCCAUCCAGAGCUCGCCCAGCAAGCGGCUGACGCUCAGCGAGAUCUACCAGUUCCUGCAGGCGCGCUUCCCCUUCUUCCGCGGCGCCUACCAGGGCUGGAAGAACUCAGUGCGCCACAACCUCUCGCUCAACGAGUGCUUCAUCAAACUGCCCAAGGGGCUCGGACGGCCCGGGAAGGGCCACUACUGGACCAUCGACCCGGCUAGUGAGUUCAUGUUCGAGGAGGGCUCAUUCCGCCGCCGGCCGCGCGGCUUCAGGCGGAAGUGCCAGGCGCUCAAGCCCAUGUAUCACCGCGUGGUGAGCGGCUUGGGCUUCGGGGCCUCACUGCUGCCCCAGGGCUUCGACUUCCAGGCCCCGCCGUCGGCGCCGCUCGGCUGCCACGGCCAGGGCGGCUAUGGCGGCCUCGACAUGAUGCCCGCAGGCUACGAUGCUGGCGCGGGCGCCCCGAGCCACGCGCACCCGCACCACCACCACCACCACCACGUCCCGCACAUGUCGCCCAACCCGGGCUCCACCUACAUGGCCAGCUGUCCGGUGCCCGCGGGGCCCGGGGGUGUCGGUGCGGCUGGCGGCGGCGGCGGCGGGGACUACGGGCCAGACAGCAGCAGCAGCCCAGUGCCCUCGUCCCCUGCCAUGGCGAGCGCCAUCGAGUGCCACUCGCCCUACACGAGCCCUGCGGCGCACUGGAGCUCGCCUGGCGCGUCACCUUACCUCAAGCAGCCGCCCGCCCUGACGCCGAGCAGCAACCCCGCGGCCUCUGCAGGCCUGCACUCCAGCAUGUCGUCCUACUCGCUGGAGCAGAGCUACUUGCAUCAGAACGCCCGCGAAGAACUCUCAGUGGGACUGCCUCGUUACCAGCAUCACUCUGCUCCAGUGUGUGACAGAAAAGAUUUCGUCCUCAAUUUCAAUGGCAUUUCUUCUUUCCACCCGUCAGCUAGCGGGUCAUAUUAUCACCACCACCACCAGAGCGUCUGUCAGGAUAUUAAGCCCUGCGUCAUGUGAAUGAAGGCCCUGCCAGGGUACCCUCUCUCCUCUCCUCUCCUCUCCUCGGUGGGGCACAGAUAGGAACUGGGAUGGACUCACAUAAUGCGCCUGUGGGUAGCAGUGAGUAGCACACCGCCACUUAGCCAGAAUGCCCAGGAAAGCCUUGUUCACUGUUUGUCUAUGAACAACCCUUGGCAAGGUAAUGCCCCACAUCUGAACACCUGCAGCCUCACGGAUGAGGGAGAGAGUGAAAUGAGGAGAUGGUAAAAAUUUACCACGUGUAAGACAACGUGCAACUCUGGGAUCUUCCUUGCCUUCAGUAAUCAGGGUCUGGAAAAAACAGAUGAGGGGUGUGUGUGUGUGCGUAUGUGUGUGUGUUUCUUUGUCUAUGAAAACUUGUGUGCUUUUCAAAAAGGCAGUGCUAAGCACAAGAUUUCAAGAAAGCCUCAUCUUGUUGCCUGGCUAAGUAGGAGAGUUGUGUUUUUCCCCCUGAACACUACGUUUGGAUACAGGUGCCAAAGAACAUUAUAUAAGAAAUUAUUUAGAAACAAUGAGUCUAGUUUAAGAAAGUGGUCUUCGGUAUUGUGACAAUACAACAUUUUUACAAGGUUGUUUUCUACCACCACAUUUUAAAGAUAUUUUUAUGAUCUUCGUGUAUACUCACACUUGGCUUGUAUUUUUAAAGGAGGAUAUAUUUGCACUUCUGUAUACUUUUACAGUUUGCCAAACUAUUUUGAUGUAAAAAUUUUUCAAUAAAAUGUAUAUAACAAA